AUGGACAGAGAUAACUGCAGCAUGUCUAAUCUUGUUGCAGGGUUUCCAAUAACAUUCAAUUCCAACAUGAGGAUGGGCCUCUGCCCACGAACCAAGAUUGGCCAGGAUGAUCUACCAGGUUAUGACUUAAUUUCACAGUUCCAGCUUGAUAAAGCUGCUUCCACAGGCAUUAUUCAACGUGUGGUGGGCUCUACAUCUUCACAAAUUGCUUACAGAUUAGGUACCAAAGCAGACUUCAGGAUUCCUACUAGAUCCUUGUAUCCUCAAGGACUACCCGAUCUCUACUCCAUUCUGACUACUUUUCGAAUGACUGGGAAUACAAUUCGGAAAACCUGGAGCCUAUGGCAAAUUUUAGAUUCUUCUGGAAAGGAACAAGUUGGACUGAAGUUUAACGGACAAGCCAAAUGCCUUGAAUUCUCAUAUAAAGCAAUUGACAGAAGUCUCCAGACAGCAUCAUUUCUGGAUUUACCUUAUCUUUUUGAUUCCCAGUGGCAUAAAGUUAUGGUUGGUGUAGAAAAGAAUUCUGUCACACUUUAUAUUGACUGUGCUAUGAUACAAACUUUACCCAUAAAACCAAGAGGGAAGAUCAAUAUUGAUGGCUUUACCACAUUGGGAAAACUGAAAAAUAAUCCUCAAAUUUCAGUUCCGUUUGAGAUCCAGUGGCUGAUGAUUCAUUGUGACCCCCGGCGUCCUCAAAGAGAAACAUGCAGUGAACUUACAAUCAGGAGCUCGAUAAGCCAGACCAUCAUAAAGAGAGGCCCUCCAGGUCCGCAAGGCCCCCCCGGCCCCCCUGGUCCUCCAGGUGUUCCUGGCAUUGAUGGCAUAGAUGGAGACAGAGGCCCUAAUGGCCUCCCAGGCCGUCCAGGUCCUGAUGGCGAUGCAGGAAAACCAGGUGUCCCUGGAUUGCCAGGAAUACCAGGAGCUGAUGGAUUGACAGGACCUGAUGGAUCACCAGGUCCAGCCGGUUCAAAAGGACAAAAGGGUGAAGUGGGCUUGCCUGGAGGCUAUGGACUUCCUGGAAAGGGAAUUCCUGGACCUCCUGGUCCUCCUGGUAUAGGAGGACUUCCAGGAGAAGUGGGAAGAAUUGGGCCACCUGGUGAUCCUGGAAGGAGAGGCCCUUCAGGAGUGCCGGGACCUCCAGGGCCGAGGGGAACAGUUGGCCACCAUGGUGGAGAUCCACUGUGUCCAAAUUCCUGCACACCUGGCCAUCCCGGAUUUGCUGGAAUGAUGGGCAUGAAGGGCCACAAAGGAGCAAAAGGUGAGAGUGGGGAACCAGGAAAGCAAGGCUUUAAGGGAGAAGAAGGCGAACAAGGAGGAAUUGGUGACCUCGGAGAUCAGGGCCCUCCAGGACCUCAAGGGUUAAGAGGUUUCAUUGGCAUUAUGGGUCCUAAAGGAGAUAAAGGUGUUCGUGGUUUUGAUGGAGAGCCUGGUCCCCAAGGUCUUCCUGGGGCAACUGGUGAUCGGGGACCACGAGGUACACUGGGAGAAACAGGCCCUGAAGGAGAGAGGGGUCCACAAGGCAUUAGAGGAAUUACUGGAAUUCCUGGGCCAAAAGGAGAAACAGGCUUACCUGGAGUUGAUGGCCGUGAAGGUAUACCUGCCAUGCCAGGAGCAAAGGGUGAACCAGGAAAACCAGGACCUCCAGGUGACACAGGCAUUCAGGGAAUCCCUGGCUUAUCUGGCUCUGCUGGAGCAAAAGGUGUUGCUGGCCCAAAGGGUGGUGUUGGUCCUCCUGGGAAACCUGGCUUGAUGGGAAAUUCGGGCAAACCUGGAGAACCAGGACUACAAGGAGAACCAGGAUCACUGGGACCCAAAGGCCCAUCAGGUAGCAGAGGUGAGCCAGGUUCUGUUGGUCCUCCAGGGUCACCAGGUAAAACGGGUGCAGAAGGAGACAUUGGACUGCCAGGUUUACCUGGGCCCCCAGGACUGCCUGGUGCUAAAGGCAAUAGGGGUUCAGCUGGUGGGCCAGGGCCAAAAGGAGAACAAGGACCCACUGGGGGAGAAGGAGAAUCUGGACAAAGAGGCGACCUUGGCGAUGCAGGUUUGCCAGGCCCUAAAGGAUCUAUUGGGAAUCUUGGUGAACCUGGUUCACGUGGGCCAGAGGGAAACCGUGGCAUGCCUGGCAUAGAAGGAUUUCGUGGGCCUCCUGGACCCCGUGGUUUGCAAGGGGAACAAGGGUCUCAGGGGCUGCCUGGCAGUCAGGGACCAGCGGGCAGAGAGCCAACUGAUUUGCAUAUUAAACAGGUUUGCAUGAGAGUAAUACAAGAACAAUUGGCGCAGAUGGCUGCUAGUCUUCGGAGGCCUGAAUUUGGGGAUCCUGGCAUCCCAGGCCCACCUGGCCCACCUGGCUCCCCUGGACUUCCAGGAGACAGUGGCUUCCCAGGACAGGCUGGAUCCCGUGGUUUGCCUGGCCUUAAAGGCCCUCCUGGUGACAUUGGGCCGAAAGGUCCCAAAGGUGACACAGGUGAGAAGGGGGAGAGAGGAUUCCCAGGUCAAGGGCCCAAAGGCUUGCCAGGAACAACAGGACUCCCUGGAGAACCCGGCAAGCCCAGUUAUGGCACUGAUGGGCGAGAUGGUGAGAGAGGCCCCCCUGGAGCUGCUGGUUCCCCUGGUGUUCCUGGCCCUCCUGGCCCUCCUGGUCCUCCUGGUUAUUGUGAACAGUCAGCCUGCACCAUGGAAGCUGGAUUACAAGGAGGGCAGAAUGUGAAAGGCCCAUGAAAAAUGUAGCAUUGCACAAAAUGACAUGAAGCCAUCUUUGAUCUGCAGAUAUUGACAGACCGCCAAGAGAAACAGUCUAGAAAAAUCAGACUGUAAAAAAUACAGCAAA